AAAGAGUCAUAUAACAACAAAAUGUUUCAGGAUGCUUGACACAAAUAGCACACAUCUGUAUGCUCUGCAAAGGAGAGACGCUCUGGACUGAAGGGGGCGAGACAGCAGCGGUGCCUGUGCUGUGUGGCAGGCACAUCAUCAUCAUCAUCAGCAGCAGCAGCAGCAUCAUCAUCCCGACUCGACCGAGAGACAACAGAUCUGCUGCAUCCUCCCCCGCAUCCCUGAGCCACUGCAUAAUAACAGCGGGCAGUGCGAUAGGCAGCACUAUGUGCAGGACUCAGUAAGGCCCGGGACCUUUUCCAUGCAACGUGCUCAUCGGCUUUCGGAGUAAAUCGUGGCUUUCGAGUUAUUCUUGUCAAGGACAACAAUGAUGAGAUGUGACCGUGACAGAGACAGAGACCGUGAUGAGCGGUCGAAGGCCGCGGACCGUGACCGUGACAGAGACAGGGAUGUGAAGUCAUCUGGGGUGCCCAACAACCCAGCCGCAGGCAGUGGAGUCUUUCCUAAGCUAACCGUGGUGCAGCAGCAAAUCAACCCUUUCACCAACCUGCCCCACACGCCACGCUACUAUGAGAUCCUCAGGAAGCGGCUGCAGCUGCCUGUCUGGGAGUACAGGGAGCGCUUCACUGACAUCCUGAUGCAGAACCAGUGUUUUGUGCUGGUGGGAGAGACGGGCUCUGGAAAGACCACACAGAUCCCUCAGUGGUGCGUGGAUAUGGUGCGCUCAGUGCCGGGACCAAAGAGAGCGGUGGCCUGCACCCAGCCCAGGAGGGUGGCAGCCAUGAGCGUGGCCCAGAGGGUGGCGGACGAGAUGGAUGUCGUGCUGGGCCAGGAGGUGGGCUACUCCAUCAGGUUUGAGGACUGCAGCUCUGCCAAGACGGUGCUCAAGUACAUGACAGAUGGUAUGCUGCUGCGGGAGGCCAUGAACGAUCCCCUAAUGGAGCGCUAUGGUGUUGUCAUCCUGGACGAGGCCCACGAACGCACAUUAGCCACAGACAUCCUCAUGGGGGUCCUCAAAGAGGUGGUCCGCCAGAGGCCUGACCUUAAGGUCAUCAUCAUGAGCGCCACGCUCGAUGCUGGUAAGUUCCAGGUCUACUUUGACAGCUGCCCACUCCUAACCAUACCCGGGCGCACGCACCCCGUGGAGAUAUUCUACACACCCGAACCGGAGCGGGACUACCUGGAGGCGGCCAUCCGGACCGUGAUCCAGAUCCACAUGUGUGAGGAGGAUGAAGGGGACAUUCUGCUCUUCCUCACUGGCCAAGAGGAAAUUGACGAGGCAUGCAAACGAAUCAAGAGGGAGGUUGACGACCUGGGGCCUGAGGUUGGCGAUAUGAAAAUCAUCCCGCUGUACUCCACGCUGCCUCCACAGCAGCAGCAGAGGAUCUUUGAGCCACCCCCACCCAGUAAAGCAAAUGGUGCAGUCGGAAGGAAGGUCGUCGUGUCAACAAACAUCGCCGAGACAUCUCUCACCAUCGACGGCGUGGUGUUUGUAAUUGAUCCUGGAUUUGCCAAGCAAAAGGUGUAUAAUCCACGUAUUCGAGUGGAAUCACUUUUGGUGACAGCCAUCAGCAAGGCCUCGGCCCAGCAGAGGGCAGGCCGCGCUGGACGGACACGCCCUGGAAAGUGUUUCCGCCUCUACACAGAAAAAGCUUACAAGACAGAAAUGCAGGACAACACGUAUCCAGAGAUCCUGAGGUCCAACCUGGCCUCCGUGGUGCUGCAGCUGAAGAAGCUGGGUAUUGAUGACCUGGUGCACUUUGACUUCAUGGACCCACCAGCCCCAGAGACCUUGAUGCGAGCCCUGGAGUUGCUGAACUACCUGGCAGCACUCAACGAUGAUGGCGACCUGACAGAGCUGGGCUCCAUGAUGGCAGAGUUCCCCCUGGACCCCCAGCUGGCCAAGAUGGUCAUCGCCAGCUGUGAAUUCAACUGCUCGAACGAGGUCCUCUCAAUCACUGCCAUGUUGUCAGUCCCACAGUGCUUCGUUCGACCCAUGGAGGCUAAGAAGGCGGCUGACGAGUCCAAGAUGCGCUUCGCCCACAUUGAUGGAGACCACCUGACGCUGCUCAACGUCUACCACGCCUUUAAACAGAACCACGAGUCCACUCAGUGGUGCUAUGACAACUUUGUCAACUAUCGCUCGCUGAUGUCAGCAGACAAUGUGCGCCAGCAGCUGUCUAGGAUCAUGGAGCGCUUCAGCCUGCCGCGGCGGAGCAUGGAGUUCGGCAGCAGAGACUACUACAUCAACAUCCGCCGGGCGCUGGUCACCGGCUUCUUCAUGCAGAUCGCUCACCUGGAGCGCACCGGCCAUUACCUGACGGUGAAGGACAACCAAGUCGUACAGCUGCACCCCUCCACCGUGCUGGACCACAAGCCUGAGUGGGUGCUCUACAACGAGUUUGUGCUCACCACCAAAAAUUACAUCCGCACGUGCACGGACAUCAAGCCAGAGUGGCUGGUGAAAAUUGCCCCACAGUACUAUGAGAUGAGUAACUUCCCCCAGUGUGAAGCAAAGAGGCAGCUGGAGCGUAUCAUUGCAAAACUCUCAUCCAAGGAAUACACUCAGUACUAAGACGGUCUGCAUGUGUGCUGCAGCAGCAGCCACGCUAUUUGUACAAAGUACCAUCGGUACUAUAUUUUCUAUGUCCACUAACUCUUCAUUUUAAAUGAUAUUUUUGUCUCACCGUGUUCACUGUAUUUUCAUAAUGGUUCCUGAAUUGGGCCCUGUUACUUUGAGGGCUUCGUUAUGUCAUUGUCAUUGAUGCAGCACUAAAAACGGACUGACUGACCAGUAAUCAGCAAUUAGCUGUUAACCCUCUCAGUCUGUGGCAUGAUGUUUUAUGUCAAGUUCAUUCCUCUUAAAAGCAUCAAUACUAAUAAUACUAAGCUGUGGAAAUGAAACGGCAUUAGUCCACGUAGAGAAGCUUUACUGUAACAUGUCAUAGUGCGACUGAGAGGGGCUUGUAUUUCAACUUUUCAACAUAAUAAAAUGACUUUGUAAUGAAAGAACAUUUUUCUGGUAGCAGAAUUAAGAUAACGGGAUAAUCUGAGCAUGACUCCCUCACACAUGCGCACUGAGCAAUCCCAUUGUAAGCUUCCACAUUCAGCUCGUUUCCUUUCUCUUCAGGGAAGUGGAGUUUUCUUACUGGGAUAUUGAUAUCUUCAGAAACAGUUGGAGUGAGGGCCAAUGUUAAUUACAAAUGUUUUGGAACAAGAGCAGUGUGAAAUCCCUGCUGUGCCGAAGCCUGUUCUGGCUGUCCUUCUCUGUCAGCGCCUGCUUAAUGUGGAAGGUAAAGCGUGAAUUCUUAGCACUGCACUGAACUAAAACGUAACCAGCUAGUGAGUAACACAACUUAAACCGUUUAGUCAUUUGUAGCACAGUUACGUCACUCACUACUGUCUUAUCAGCCUAAAUGUACGGUGCAUCAUCACCGAGCUCUUAAGAAUAUGUUAGCCACAAGGAAAAGGAACAAACUCUGCUGCCAGAGCUUUCUUCUUGUUCUAUGGGUCAACAGCUGCCUGCAGGUGGCAGAGAAGUCUCUGAAGAUGCAGGGUGUCCCUCCCCAGUGCUCAGGUUAUUCUCCAUCCCUGAGAUGCACGUAACGAUCAACCUCGUCCAAUCCCCCUUAUGCUGGUUGCACUAUGCAAGUGGCCGGUCUUAGCAUAUGAAGUGUUUGCCUGUAAAACACCUUUUAAUUGCUCUACUUGUUCAUCUCUAGCAGUUCUGUGUAGAGGAGCUGGACGUAUAACAAAGCAGUCACCUAAGUUUAAUCUAUACCCUGUCUCAGCACAAUAGCUAAUGCAAAGCAAAUGUCCAAUUUUUCAGGGCUCUCUUAAAUCGUAUCUAACAAGUAAUUUAUAUAACCAGCUCCCUUUUUCCCCAAGUAUAGCCUUGCUUUCCUCUGUUUUGCAUCUCAAUGUUACAUCAAUUGUAAGCAAAAUAUACAUCACAAUGAGGACAGAGGCAAAAACGAACCGGUAAGCGUUUUUCACAAUCUCUGUAGUGUCUGGAAGUAGGCAGGCAGAGAUACUGGACCUGCUGAGGGAGUUUUAAAUUAAGCCUGCAGAUUGUGUAAUAUGCUAGGUCAGGAAAUUAGCAUGUGUUAAUAUUUUUUGGACUGUUGGGAGACAACUUUUUAAGUGGAUGGCUUUUUGCUGGGGAAUGUAGUGAGGACCACAAAAUGGUGCCAGAGAGAUUAGUCUCCCUCCAAAGUGAAGCCAAUAGAAAACCCAUUAGUUUGAGCUGAUGUGGAAAUUAUAUGGAAUUGAUCCUGAGGUAAGAACAGUUUUUCAUGCUCAAUACUUCCCAUUGAUUCACGCUGCCAUAAUUACAAAUGAAAAUCGUUAUGUCUCCGAGUUGUAUUUUGUUAGUGUCCGAUGUGAGGCUACAUGACGGGUGCGUGCAGCGUGUAACCAUGUCUGUCUGGAGCUAGAUGUUCAUACAGAAGAAUUAUAAAAUCUUAUUAAAAAAUUGAAUGUUGACAGAAUUGGAAUGAGGUUUAAUAAAUUGCAUGUAUUUAUUUGGAUUGCUUAGCUAUUAAAACCCAAAAAGGAACUUGAGGUCAAGGCUGUGCAGAGCUGAGCCUCACAGGAGUGUGCUGUAUAUUGUCGCACACCCGCCCCUGCACCCUCUGCUGAUGUAAGGGGCAUUUUAUGUGGCUCUUUGACAGUAACUCACCGGAAGUAGCAAACACAAACAAACAGCAGACAGCUAUUGUUGAGCAUGUUUCCAAACAGUGUGAAUCACCGGCUCGCUGCAGCUCAAUCUCCUCCCACCCACAGAGUCCUGGAUGGUGCCUCAUCAUCAUUUGAGACCGUGGGUAGGGAAGUUUAUUGCAGAUCACCUCAGCAUUUCAGGAAAUCCAUCCACCCACCCAGUCCUCCUCCAAUCCCACGCCGGCCCUUUCCCCCCCCACCGGGGCCACCGCCAAUCGGAGCAGAGACAGGUGUCUUAUCUCCAUCGCACAGCGCAAGCACAGCCAAUCUUCCAGGAAGAUGAUGACUGGAAUGUGACAAAUCCAUCUGUCCUGGUUUGAAUUUGUAUGCUAAUUUGAAGUAAUAGCCCCUCUGGUGACAGUGCAAGGGAACAAUUCAAUCAUGCCAUCUAUGACAGUUGCUUUCCAGCCUUCUCUGUGAUAUGGGAGUAUAUGCACAUACUGCCGGGUUAGGCUUGAUAGAUUGGUUGUGUAGGGGAGAUGUGGCAUGUAGACUGCAUAUUUAAAAUGGGCUGCCAGUUUGAAAUGAAUCACGCAACUACUGAAGGCACCUGGGCAGAGAUGUGCAGCCACUACCUGCAGGCAGAGGGGAAGCGAUAUUUGAUUUGACCUCAUUUAUUUCUCCACAUCAGUGCCGGAUCGGUCCUGAACUUUCACAAAAUGCGUCUGCCGCGGCCUUCGCCAGUUACAUGUGAAUAAUAGAAAUACCUCCACAUAAAAUCACACUAACACAAUUGCUACACUGUCACAUUGAAUUAUCUCAGGCUGUUGAUUUGAUUCAGUGAAAAGCUUUCAUGCAUCGCCGGGCAGAAGAAGAAACGCAACAUACAGGCAUGAACAAACUGAGAUGUGCCAUGUAUUCAGAACUUUGAAGGCAGCUGUACCAUUUGUGAUUUCUUUUCUGCCUUGGCACUCCCCCGCUGUGCAAAUGUAUGGCACUUCAUAAUCUUUAAAUUAAUCUAAAGCAGAGGGCACAUGAUGGUUAAGACUGACGAACAAACUGCUCUUACUUUUGCUUGCAUCAGUCUGUUUCUCCACCAGAUCAGGGCUGGCUUUCUUUCAAAACUGAGUAGGUUUCACACAUUUAUUCUCACCGAUAAUAUAUUUUCUUUAAAAUAUGCUACACAAUAACCAAAAGGUAUAAAAUCACCUUGCAGAUUUGCAGUUAUGGCUAUUCUAAGGCAAUAAAUGUUUUUUUUUAUUCCACAAUUUGCAGUCGUGACAUUGCUAACAAGCCUCAUGAGAACUGGCUUGAUGAAAUAUAGGAACAGUGUCAUUUUCUCUUUCUAUACUCUCAUUACUGCAGUGAAUUCUGAAGAGUUUCUGCAGGAAAAGAAAAUGCACAGCGCUGUACCAAUUGACCAAACUUCAAGCUGGUACAGCUCAUGCGUGGCAAACGCCUCUGAUCAAACAAGGAGGCCAGCAAAGAAAACUGAUGAGCAAAAGGCCAGUCUGACUGCAUGGCUCUCCUGUCAUGAUAAAUGGCGUGCUAAAAGACAGCUCUCCAAAUGAGCUGUGCUAGCAGCCCUCCUUGUGGAUUGUAGGGGAGUGAAAAGAUUUUCAUUGCUCAGCAUGGCUGCACAAGUUGGACAGAACACUAUUACUGGCUUUGUUGUGAAGGAAGAAGGUUUUCUUCAAAGAUUUACAAUAUUCAAAUGGUUGAUACAGUAUAUUGUCUUGGUAUAAAACUAAAAUUGAACUUUAAUCAGGCCGACUUUUUGUUUUGAUCCAUCAUAAUGAGCUUGAUUGAACUCGCAACUGUGUCAUAGUGUGUAUGACCAAUAGAAUAAUGAAAUGUAACCAAACACCAUCUGUAAAAAAUAAACUUUCAUUGGCUUUAAUGUUUACAUGUACUGGAUGCCUUCAGCCUAGACUAAUCUCUGUCAUGCAUGAGCCCCGUCAUUACAAGUGAAGUGUCUAUAAUGUUAUGCUUUUGUAGGUUUAUGUACAAGGACGUUCCUGACCCCGCGUUGCAUACUGUGGACGUACUGCACGGCUCCGAGGAAGCCAGUGAUCCACAUUCAGCAAGAUUUUCAGUGGCGCAUGAACAAUUUUGACAUGCAAGAUACUCUAAUGGAAUUACAGUAAUAUAAGAGUAAUUUUAUGUCAGCCUUUUGCCAGACUGUAUAAAUUGAGCG